AUGGCUGAAGAGUUCCGAUGCUUCGUUGGUGGACUUGCCUGGGCCACCGACACCGACGCUCUCGAAAAAGCAUUUUCCACCUUUGGAGAAAUCGUCGAAUCGAAGGUUAUUCUUGAUCGUGAGACUGGAAGAUCGAGAGGAUUUGGAUUCGUGACGUUUGCAUCGGAGCAGUCAAUGAAAGAUGCUAUUGAAGGGAUGAAUGGUCAGGACCUAGAUGGCCGUAACAUCACUGUGAAUGAGGCUCAGAGCCGUGGCAGUGGAGGCGGCGGCGGCGGUGGAUACCGUGGAGGUGGCGGUGGUGGAGGGUAUGGAGGUGGUGGUGGUGGAUAUGGAGGCGGUGGAGGAGGUUAUAGCCGUGGUGGAGGAGGUGGUGGUUAUGGAGGUGGAGGUCGUCGUGAUGGAGGCGGUGGUGGAUAUGGUGGAGGAGGUGGCGGUUAUGGAGGAGGUGGCGGUGGAUAUGGUGGAGGAGGUGGACGAGACCGUGGUUAUGGAGAUGGUGGAUCUCGGUACUCAAGAGGAGGUGGUGGUGGUGGUUCAGAAGGAGACUGGAGGAGUUAA